UCUAAAGUCGAAAUUUCCCUCUCUACUCUCUCUCACAUCGUUCGUCCGUCCACCUUUCGCCCUGAAAAAAAAAAAAAAAAGAGAGAGAGAAAGAGCAGUCGCGGUCUACUGGCUGAACUGGCUUACAGCUUACAGCAGUUUGCACACCCCGCGGGAGUUUCUCAAUUUUUAGGAGAAUUUGAGGUUGUCAUUUUGUUUUGCGUUACUCUUGGGGGGUUGGUCGACAUCAGCCAGGAUGGAGGCUCUGAUUCCCGUGAUUAACAAGCUCCAGGAUGUCUUUAACACCGUCGGCGCCGACGCCAUACAGUUGCCACAGAUCGUUGUUCUCGGCACGCAGAGCUCUGGUAAAUCGUCAGUCAUUGAAAGCAUCGUUGGCAAAACUUUUUUACCCCGAGGUACAGGCAUUGUGACUCGUAGACCACUCAUACUUCAAUUAGUCUAUACUCCAAAAGAUGACAAAGAGUACAGAAGUGCCGAAGAUGGCACGCUUGAUGUUGAUGAAUGGGGCAUAUUUUUACAUCAAAAGAACAGGAUCUACAAGGACUUUAACGAGAUAAGGGAUGAAAUUGAUAACGAAACAAACAGAAUGGCUGGUGCUAACAAAGGAAUUUGCCCAGAGCCUAUUAACUUGAAAAUAUUUUCCAAGUCCGUGGUAAAUUUGACAAUGAUCGAUUUACCUGGAAUAACAAAAGUUCCUGUUGGAGAUCAGCCAGAAGACAUAGAGGGUCAAAUUCGCCAGUUGGUCCUAAAAUACAUCUGCAAUCCAAAUUCAAUUAUCUUGGCAGUUGUAACUGCUAACACAGAUAUGGCAACUAGUGAAAGUUUGAAAUUAAGUAAGGAUGUUGAUCCAGAUGGGAGAAGGACAUUGGCUGUUGUUACAAAAUUAGAUCUUAUGGAUGCUGGUACGGAUGCAAUUGAUAUCCUAUGCGGCAGAGUAAUUCCUGUGAAGCUGGGAAUCAUUGGUGUGGUGAAUCGUUCUCAGCAAGACAUUAUGAAUAAAAAAUCAAUUCAGGAAACUUUAAAAGAUGAAGCUGCAUUUUUGCAGCGUAAAUACCCUACUCUAGCUAAUAGAAAUGGAACACCAUACUUAGCAAAAACUUUGAAUCGUUUGUUGAUGCAUCAUAUCCGAGAUUGCUUACCUGAUUUGAAAACACGAGUCAAUGUUAUGGUUUCUCAAUUUCAAACUUUGCUCAACUCUUAUGGGGAGGAUGUAGAAGACAAGGCUCAAACUCUUCUCCAGAUAAUAACGAAAUUUGCCAGCAGUUAUUGUUCAACAAUAGAAGGCACAAGUAGAAAUAUAGAGACAACUGAGCUUUGUGGUGGUGCUCGAAUUUGUUAUAUUUUCCAUGAAACUUUUGGAAGAGUUUUGGACUCCAUACAUCCACUGACUGGUUUAACUAAAUGGGACAUCCUAACUGCUAUUAGAAAUGCUACCGGACCACGUCCUGCUCUCUUUGUGCCUGAAGUUUCUUUUGAACUCCUAGUCAAACGGCAAAUUCGUCGACUCGAAGAGCCUUCUCUGCGAUGUGUGGAGCUCGUACAUGAAGAAAUGCAACGGAUCAUUCAGCAUUGUGGCACGGAAGUUCAGCAAGAAAUGCUGCGCUUCCCCAAACUUCAUGAACAAAUUGUUGAAGUUGUUACACAACUUUUACGCCGACGACUUCCCACAACUAAUUCAAUGGUAGAAAAUCUAGUCGCUAUAGAACUAGCUUACAUAAACACUAAGCAUCCGGAUUUUCACAAAGACGCCGCUCUUGUCUCUUCUUUUAUUAAAAAUGCAGAGGUUAAUGCUGCAAAUCAAGCAAAACAUCAGAGUAGAAGACAUAUAUCAGCAUCAAAUUCAACUAGUAAUUCUGUUAUUCCCAUUGAAAAUAAAUCAUCAUACAAUAGAGAUGAAUACAAUGCAUUUUUGGAGCAGAGUAACAAAGAAAAUGCGCAACAAAAUCAUUGGCUGCUCAGUAAUUUAAUACCACAGGGCAAAGCUGACUCAAUUAGUUCUAUGGAUGGAUCGCCGACCAGGAAUCGCGAGGAUACAGUUUCCCCAAUUCCAAAUCUUAAUCAAGAUGUUGCAACUGAGCUGCAAAAGUGCUCCUCGCCGCAGCAAAAACCAGUUAAUUUAUUACCUGAAGUACCUACACAGACUUCUCGUAAAUUUAGCGAAAGAGAGCAACGUGAUUGUGACGUGAUUGAGAGGCUUAUUAAAUCAUACUUUUAUAUAGUGAGAAAGUCCAUACAGGACAGUGUGCCGAAGGCAAUCAUGCAUUUUCUAGUUAAUUAUGUAAAGGAUAAUUUACAAAGCGAACUUGUUACGCAUUUAUACAAGUCAGACCAGGCAGAAUGUUUACUCAACGAGAGCGAACACAUUGCCGUUAGGCGCAAAGAAGCUGCAGACAUGCUUAAGGUAAAAAAAAUUUUACAGAGUCUCGAUAGUAUAUAUUUUAUAACGUUAAACUUGAUGAAAAAAAUUAUUUUUGUUUUUAGGCUUUGACUCAAGCUGGUCACAUUAUAAGUGAGAUUCGCGAAACGCAUAUGUGGUAAU